AUGGUCCUGCAAGCUGGAAGGGAGGAGUACAUGCUUGGUGGUCCUGGCCGGAUAGUUGAAAUGGAUGAAGGAAAGUUCGGAAAGAGAAAGGACAACCGAGGAAGAUGCGUGAACGCUGAUUGGGUAUUUGGAAUGGUCGAACGAGGUGGUGAGCGAAAGAUGGCGCUGGCUGUGGUGCCCAACAGAAAGGCUGACACCCUGCUACCCCUUAUUACAGCUUUUGUCCUUCCAGGAACCACAAUCCACACCGACAUGCAUGGUGGCUACAACAAGAUCGAGGAGCAGGAAGGGUACGACUACAAGCACCGGAGACUUUGUCAUAAGUAUGAGUUUGUUGCCCAGGAUGGUACACACACCCAGACGAUUGAGGGGAACUGGAGGGUGCUCAAGAAAAAUGUACCUGAAAGUCAGAGAGAAGGCAGCGAUCUACAGGAAUACUUGUACGAGUGCAUGUGGAGGCGGAAGCACACAAACAACCUUUGGGGUUCCUUCAUGAUUGGUCUGGCAAGUCUGCGUUACAGGCCAGCCGACAUUGAUAGAUUGUGGGACCACAGAGAGUACUACGUGGAUGAUCCAGAGAAUUGGGAUCCGGAUGACACCUCCGAAUCCAGCGAUGACGUUAGCCUCUCCGCCGACUCUAGUGUCAGCGAAAUCAGCGCAAGCGACCCCUCUUCGGACUACAUGGUGAUCUAG